AUGACCGACGGGAUCCCCAACAGCCAUGUCGCCCAGCCACACCAGCAUUCUGUACUAAGCUCCACUUUCCCCGUCUGCCUACCCGAAGAUGCAGCCCUACACAUGUCCGAAGACGCGUUCCAGAACCUUGUCAAGCAGCAGUUGAUCCACGUCGGCCCGACACCCACUACAACUAUAGCCAGCAGGGACUCGGCCACCAUAGCUGAAGACCAGCCCAAAGCCCCGUUGAUUACCGGAAUCGAGAAGCAUGCCGCCAGUCUUCAAAUCUCUGAAGAUGCUGCUGGCCCGAACCAAACACUGACUGAUAAUGGCGAUGUCACAAACAUAUCAUCCCGGAAUCCCCUGGUGGACCUGUUCUAUGAUCUUGAAGAACAGACGACGUCGGAUCGCCUCGAGACUCUGCUCCAAGCUGCCUGGAAUGAGGACCCUCUUGUAACACUGAAGGUUGUAUUCAAUGCACGCAGUAUCCAUUUGGGCAAGAGCAGCCGAAUCACCUCGUAUAAAGCCCUGGGCUGGUUGGCUGAGAACCAUCCGUUGACGCUUCUGGCUAAUCUCAAGUGGCUGGUCCGACCCGUCAUCCAGAAGAAGACCGCCAACGCCGAGUCGGCUCAUGGUGCCAACGAGGCUGCCCCCGAAAAUCCCGACCACGACUUUGAAUUAGUAGAAGCACACCAGCCUGAUCCUACCACGGCCCAUGACGUCCGAUACGGCAUGUCGCACGGCUACUGGAAAGAUCUCCUCAACCUAGUCGUCUUCUCGGCCAACGACGAGCUCAAGUGCGAUGGUGACUUUUUCUUUAUACUCCACCACGAGCGUGAUACUUCUUGUGAAGCCAAGAGAAAGAGAAAUUGGGACCCACAGAGUGCCAAGGAGGCCCGAAAGCGCAAGAGGCAGGAGCAAAAUGAACGAGUGCAGGACAAGAUGAAGAAGGAUCCUUUUCACCGUGCCCUACACAUCACGGUGGCACGCCUGUUCGCCGAGCAGCUCAAGGUCGACAAAGCCAACCUAGAAUCCGGGAAGAAAGCAGACUUGAAGAAGCUCUCGCUCGCGGCCAAGUGGUCGCCAACAUUUGGUGGAUUCCACGAUAAGCAUACCUUUAUUCUCUCUUCCAUUGCCGAAAUCUUGUUUCCAGACGCGGCUUUACAUUGCCCAGAUGCCAGCAACCGCGAGCUUUACCUCCGCCAUGCUCGAGACCUUGUUCGCAGGCAUUAUACAUCGCCCCUACGCAAGGCCUUGAGUGUUGUUGAGCGAGAAAUUACUGCCAACACGUUUGAAAAUAUCGAGUACAACCGGGUACCCUCGCUCGCCAUGGAUCGCUACAGUGAACUCUUCAUGAGGAAAGAUAGCGAGCGCUUUUCCAACUACAUCGAUGACGUCACUUCUGGUAACGCAUCCAUCUCGGGCGCUACCUUGCUGCCAUCUACCUUGAUCAGCAAAGCACGCAGGCUGACGAAUCUCCGCUCCACGAAUAAGCUGCAAAACUUCAAGGCUGCCAAAGAGGCUGCCCAAACCAAAGCAAUGAGAAAAGUCAUCGAUAGUCAGUGGAAGACACUUGUCAAGCGCGUACGUGAUGCAGGUGCUCUACAAUCUAGCAUUGCAGUAUGUGAUGUUAGCGGCAGUAUGGGCUUUCCAAUGUUCAGGGACCAGUCCUGCCCUAUGGACUCGGCUAUAGGCCUCUCACUCCUCAUCUCCGAAGUGACCGCACCUCCCUUUGGCGGUGGCUUCAUCACUUUCUCCUCCACCCCAGCGUACGUCUCCAUAAAAGACAGCUCCACCGGACUUGUUGAGCAGGUGCGGCACAUGGAGAACAGUGACUGGGGAAUGGACACAAAUUUUGUCGCCGUCUUUGAAGACAUUAUUCUCCCCAUGGCCAUUGCCAACAAACUCAAGCAAGAAGACAUGGUCAAGCAAAUCUUUGUCUUCAGCGACAUGCAGUUUAACCAGGCAUGUCAAUCGGAACAUGUUUGGACAACGUCAUAUGAGCGCAUCAAGACUAAAUACGCCGACGCCGGCUACGCGAUGCCGCGUCUGAUCUUCUGGAACCUCAAUGCAAUCGACACAAAAAAGCCCGUUACCAUGGAUGAUGCUAAUACUGUGCUGGUUUCGGGGCACUCUCAGGGCAUGCUCAAGGCGUUUUUGGAGACGGGCGCGCUUGACCAAGAAGAGGACAUUGUGGAUGAGGAAGUAGAGGGUGAGGAUGGUAUGGUGGCAGUUGAGAAGACGGAGAAGAAGAUUGAUUCGUUGAUGGUGGUGAAGAAGACGGUGGGCCACGAGGCGUAUAGCAUGCUCGAGGUUGUUGAUUAG